AAAUUAGUUAUUAGUUUAGGCUAAUAUUUUAAUUUCAAAUGCUAUGCUUUCACAUUGGACAGGAUCAUGUACUUUCCUAUUGGUUGGCCUGUUAUCUAUAACUCGUAUCAACAGACUGGUUUAUAUGAUUCUUUAAAAGCUAUUCGUUUUAAUAGAUCAAGAUCACUUUUUAUUACUUUGUCUGAAACUUGCAUAUAUUUAUGGAAAAAUCAGCCUAGAUUACUUCUGUCCACAUGGCAACGUAAUGAGAAAUCUAUUAAUGAAGAAGGUGUGAAUAAGUCCAUCUACUGGAACCCAGACUCUUCUGUAAUAGCAGUAGUGACUACUCAAUGUUUCAUUAUUCUUUUUGAUUUGUUUGAGAUUUCAAAAGAAUAUGCUUAUUAUUUAGAGCCAGUCAACGGUAAAUUUUCAGUUGAACAACUUCAAAAAAAUGGAAUUCUGAAACUUGAGCUUAGCUAUAAAGCCGCAGUAUUGCUGAAGGGACAAAUUACAAGUGCUUCACCACGUUCUGAUGAACUUUUUAUUACUACAGAUGAAGGUUGUAUUUAUCGGCUAUCAUGGUAUGGAAAUUUGAUUACAGAACUUGCAAUCCAGAUUAGCGAUCUUAUGUUCUGUGUUGAUCUUGAAACUCCAACUAUUGGUUCACCGCUUGCUAAAAGUAAAGAUUUAUUUGUCACAAAAAUUGAAUGCAGUCCCAUUCUUGGUGGUUUCGGUAUUAUUCUAUCUGAUGGUAGAGGUGGAUUCCUCACCUCAUCAACUGUUGAAUCUAAAACUGAGGACAUUGUAGGAAUAUUUGCAAAGGAUCUUACAAAUGCUGUUUCAUUGGCUAUCAAUAUAAAGUAUCAAAUCAUUGUGUUUGGUCAAAGCAAUGGCCAAGCAACAGCUUAUUGUUUUGAUGAUCUUACAGGAGGACUUGUGGUAUCUCACAGCUAUGUACUAUCAAAAAAAGAUUAUCCUGAUAAAGGUGCUAGUGCUGGAAGUAUUGUUGAAAUGCGAUGGACACCUGAUGGUAGUGCCCUUGCUACCAUUUGGUCAAAACAUGGGGUUGCAGUGUGGAGUGUUUUUGGUGCCUUACUAAUGUGUGUGCAACAUGCUGAGCAAGGUGACAUAUUUUGUCAUGCAUUGAAUCUUGCAGAUAUGGACUGGGGUACUGAAGGUUAUGAGCUUCUACUUAUUCCAGAGCACUAUAAUAACAAAAAUGAUCAGUUUAUGGCCGGUGACAUCAUGGAACUUAAGUUUGUUAAAAGUGCUGUUUCUGUUAAUCCUUGCAUGUCGAAUCGUCAACAUUUAAUUCUGCAAGGUAAAGAUAGCGUUUAUUUAAAUCUUGGUGAUGCCAUGCUUCAAUCGAAUGAAAGUAGUAUAUUUGAUUCAAAAUGUUCUACUUCUCGUACUAUGCAUUUUGGAAAUAAGCAUUGGCAAACAUUUCAGUUACCACAGAGUUAUUUAGCAUCUAAUGCACCUAUCAGAUAUGUUGUAGUUGAUGGUAGAGCAAAAUACAUUGCAGUAGCUGGGACACAUGGCUAUGCACACUUUUCACUUGGAAGAAGAAAAUGGAAAUUAUUUGGAAAUGAAACUCAAGAACAUAAUAUUACUUGUCGUGGAGGUAUGGCUUGGUGGAACAAUUUCCUUGUUGUAGGAUGCUUUAACUUCUAUGACUCUGUAGAUGAAAUUCGUAUACAUAAUCAAAGCUCAAACCUUGACUUGGUUCAUUGUGUUCGAUACACGGUCACCUCUCCAAUAUUUCUUAUUAAUAUGUACAAUAAUACUUUGCUUGUCUACUGUUCUGAUUGCACUGUCAAAUUUUAUGAGCUUUCUACUACAAACAGUGAUAAUAAUGUAACAGGAGUGUCAGCCACAAAAGUUUCUGAAACAUCACUAAUAGAAUAUGUUGUUCAUCCUAUUACUGUAACUUCAUUAGGAUUGACUUGCCUCAAAAAUGAGCAACAAUCUAUUGAUGUGCAAGAAAAUAGUCAUGAAUCUCCUUCUCUGAUUGCAAAUGUAGCUGGGAGGCUGCUGAUGCUUCAAAAAGAGAAACCAGGUUUAGAAAGAUCUCCAAAAAAGAUUUAUUAUUUACCACCAUUGUGUUUGGCAUCUUGUGUAGAAAACUUCUGGUACAUGGUCAAUCCCAAGUCAUCAAAACAGCAUCUGGCUGAAACACUGUGGCUCGGUUGUGGUUCACAAGGGAUGCAGGCAUGGUUACCAUUAUUUCCAACAUGUGGACCACUUGUUUUUUUAUCAAAAAGAAUUAUGUUGCGUUUUGACUUGCAACUUUAUCCUUUAGCUGUCCUCUUUGAAGAUGCUGUAAUACUUGGAAUUGGUUGUGAAAAUCUUGGAGUUUUCAAUGAAGAACUAAUGUCUCCUAUUCAAGCAGGAUCGAGUCUCUUGCCAUAUUUUUCAUUAGAAAAAACGACUCAAGUAUAUCUGCCACAAAUUCUUAAACACCUACUCAGGCGAAAUUUAGGUGUCCAUGCAUUAGAUAUAGCAAGAAGUUGUACAGGUUUGCCUUAUUUUGCGCAUGUUCUUGAGUUAAUGUUACAUGAAGUUCUAGAAAAAGAGGCCACAGCUUCUAAUCCAAUACCUGAUCCUCUUCUGCCUCGUGUUGUUGCUUUUAUUCAGGAGUUUCCAGAGUUUUUAGAAACUGUUUGUCAUUGUGCUCGUAAGACUGAAGUUGCAUUGUGGCCACAUUUGUUUUCUGUUGUAGGAAAUCCAAUUAACCUUUUUAAGUCGUGUUAUUCAAUUGGUAAACUUGAAAUUGCCGCUUCCUACUUGCUAAUACUUCAGAGUCUUGAAUCACCUAUGGUCAGUAAGCAGAAUGCUACUUUACUAUUAGAAGCUGCUCUUGAACACAACAAGUUGGAGCUUGCUAAAGACUUGGUUCGUUUUCUUCGAAUUAUUGGAAAGGAGGAGAGCGAAUCUCCGCCUCGUACUCCUUUGGCUCACCCCGGUAUGCAGUACAAAACCUCCUUUCAUCAAAAUCAUUCAUUUUCAUUAUCGAGCUAUGAUGAUUCAAUGAAUGCACCUGUUAUAAUGCAGUUGCAGCGACAGGCCUCUCGAACCAGUAUUCCUCAGCAUACACAAGCAACCAGAACAUCUAGUUUGGGUGGAAAAGAAAGAUCUGGGUCAACUAAAGAGAAACCUAGUUCUCUAAAGAUAAACAAGCGAGAAGAAAAACAUUUGAACAAGUCGUUUUCAAUGGAUAGCUGUGAACAUUUUUACAUUGAGUUAAUUCUGUCCAGAUUUGCUAGAAGUUUACUAAGCACUUAUGCUUUGUUAGACCUUGGAAGGUUCAGUACUAAAUUGCAGUUUGAUUUGGUGCCAUGGCUUACAAAAGAAAGAUCUCGUGCUGCUUGCAUAGAUAAAUUCACAGUUGCAUUUUCAGCUUUACAUGAGCAAUUUAGCUGGCCAUUUCCUGAUACUCCUUCUUUAGAUAAAUACUUGAGAUGUCAAGAUAAUACAUUGUAUCAAGUUGAUGGUUCCGCAAACGAAAUAACUACUUCGACAACACCUUCAGAAGGUGAUAAUAAUACCAGUAUCCAGUACAUAAAACACGGCGACAUUGUGGCUAGACUUUUGUCAGUAAAAGAAGAUUUAAAUGACGAAGUAAAUUCUGAUUCAAUGUCAACAUUUGAUGACUUCAAUUGUACGGAGUUUACUGACAUGCAAAGAUCGCAGCAAAAUAUGGAAGCUUUUAAAGUUUCAUUUCCUAUACAUUCUCAAGAAAAGUUGAAGUACCUUCUUCGUAUUUUUUCAGAAGCUUUGUGCUUGGACUGGGUAAUUCUUAUCGGAAUAAUGCUCUUUGAUGUUGCGUCUAUAAAAGAUGUGACAGAAAAGAUAGGUUCUUUAAAAGAUACCUUCAUAAUUAGGAUAGAUGCAUUAUUUGAACAGUUACACGAGUUAAGAGAUUGGUUAGAGAUUCACUGUCGGACAUACAUCCCCGUUUUGAACACAGUUAUUCGAGAUUGCCAAUGUUUAUGUGCAUCUGUUGUUGAUCCUGUUUUACCACAAGAGCAAUCUAAAGAUCAAGUGAACGAAGAAGUUACAGGCUCUUCUCAAAGUUUAUCCGCGGACGUCGAAAAUAAGGUUAUAAACAGUCCUGGUAGAAUGGAUUCUCCUAAAGCAGAGAUGGCGAAAGAGUCAGGAUGUGUUAUUUCAUAAGAAAAUCGCAUCACGAUUUUAACACUCUUAAAUAAAGAUUCAUAAAAAUAUGAAGUAAAAUCAGUAGAAAUGAUCCGUGAUCCGAAUUUAAAACUGCUCGUUGAUACAUGUAUCUAUGAUAACGUUAUGAAAACAGAUGACGACAAAAUAAAGCACGUGUCUAGUGUUGAAUUGUUUGAGGUGAAAAAAACUUGGUGAAUCGAAUGUUGCUAAAAUUGAUAACUUUUAGAGUUAACACAAAACAAUUGAGAUAAUUUCACUGCUGCUUAGAUUACGGUAUUAGAAAUUGAAUCCGAUUGAUCGCAAGUAGCACAUUUUGUAUUGUUAUAAAAAAUAACUAGCUAAAUUAUACCAUUGGAACAUAGAAUGAACUGAAAAUCUGAAUGGAUUCGGAUGGUAUGGAACUACGUUAUAAUACAAUUUUAAAUUACAAGUUUAUAAAACUUCAUCUGGCUUAAUAAGAAGAGAUAACUAUAUCACCUCAUCUACUGGAUUUUUUUCUAAAUUUUCUGGCCUUUAUAAGCUUGAGUUUCUUAAUGAGUAUUGUUGAGACUUUAAUUUUGGCUUCGAAAUGUACGUCAACGACAAACUAUUUUGAUGUUGCGACCAGUGAAAAUGGUCGGUUUUCUCGUCUUUUUGUUUGUUUGUUUUUUUCAAACAUUUUUUACAUUUUAUUUAUUUAACUAUAAAUUAACCAAGAUUGACCAAGAAUGUUUUUAGAAAAUAAGAUUACGUUUUUAGGAAA